GUGAUAGAAAAAAAAAAGCCACCGCCAUAAAAGGAUGUCUGCAUCAUCUCUCUUGAAACAACAUGCCAAGGUUAACUUUCAGUGUGGGCACAGAGUGACUGCCACUACACAGAGGACUGAACCAGCCACCGAUAUAGAACGUGCACACCACUGAUGGAUUUUAAAAUGGACAACAACUUCACCACGCCCUCUACAACUCCACAGGGACCGAACUGUGACCUUUACACACAUCAUAACACAGCCCGGGUACUAAUGCCUCUGCAUUACAGCGUCGUCUUCAUCAUUGGGCUUUUUGGAAACUUACUAGCCUUGGUGGUUAUUUUUCAAAACAGAAAAAAAAUCAACUCUACCACCUUAUAUUCAACAAAUCUGGUGAUUUCUGAUAUACUUUUCACCACUGCUUUGCCUACACGGAUAGCCUACUAUGCGCUUGGCUUUGACUGGAAGAUCGGUGACGCCUUGUGUAGGAUAACUGCCCUCGUGUUCUACAUUAACACGUACGCCGGUGUGAACUUCAUGACCUGCAUGAGCAUUGACCGCUUCUUUGCUGUGGUGCACCCUCUGCGAUACAACAAGAUGAAAAGAAUUGAACACGCAAAAGGCGUCUGUGUGUUUGUCUGGAUUCUAGUAUUUGCUCAAACACUCCCACUACUCAUAAAACCUAUGUCAAAGGAGGAGGCUAAAAGGACGACAUGCAUGGAAUACCCGAACUUUGAAGACACAAAGUCUCUUCCCUGGAUUCUGCUUGGAGCAUGUUUAAUAGGAUAUGUCCUUCCGCUCGUCAUCAUUCUCAUCUGCUAUUCCCAGAUCUGCUGCAAACUCUUUAAAACGGCCAAGCAAAACCCGCUAACUGAGAAAUCUGGCGUAAACAAAAAGGCCCUCAACACCAUCGUUUUUAUAAUCCUCGUGUUUGUUAUCUGUUUCACACCUUACCACGUUGCAAUUAUUCAACACAUGAUUAAGAAGCUUCGUUUUCCUGAUCCCCUUGACUGUAGCCAAAGACACUCGUUUCAGAUCUCUCUGCACUUUACUGUGAGCCUGAUGAACUUCAACUGCUGCAUGGACCCUUUCAUUUAUUUCUUCGCAUGUAAAGGCUACAAGAGAAAAGUUAUGAAGAUGCUGAAACGCCAAGUCAGCGUAUCCAUUUCCAGUGCCGUGAGGUCGGCCCCUGAAGAAAACUCCCGGGAACUGACGGAAACGCAAAUGAUGAUACAUUCCAAGUCUUUAAAUGGGAAGUAAAAAGGAACCACAUCUUGGAUUUACAGCAAAAUAAACUGUACGAAGAGUGUGCAAGACUUAUAAAGCGAAAUGAUUAUUCAACCUCCAAUCAGGAUUCCUUUAAAAAAGAAACUUUCAUUGUGCUCUAUUCCCCCCCUCCAGCUUGAAAGUAAACAGAUACACAUUUUACAGUUCAAGAGAACUACAUCAAGCACAGCUCUCAUUUGUGAAUGAAGUAAUAUGCCAAAAGGGACGCUAUCGUAAUAGCUCUCAAUUGUAAAAAGUUUUGUGUCAAUGAAAAUUUAGUUGAUAUCUCCUGCCAAUAAUCUGGCAAAAAAGACUGAUUAGAUUGUAUAUUGCCAAUGUAAAAAUGUUAAUAUUGUAAUAUAGUUCUUUAAUCCAUGUCUCUUAAGCAAUUUUAGAUUGUAUCUCCUCAAUAACACAUUUUUUCUUUUGUUUUGAAUCAUAAACCUUUGAUUCAAAGUACUCUUUUGGAAUAAAGAGCAGAUAGCUACAAAACUUUGAGUAUGUCUCUAAUGCUCACUGUCCAUUACAAACAUAAAUUUCAGGGAGAAUAUAAUGAACAAUAGAUGUGAAAUAGUAACAUUAUAAACAACAGUGGUGACUAAGGCAAUGGAAGUAUUGAGAUAUCCCCAAAACAGUCUACACAGUAUUUAAGAGUUUACUGUUCAGAAAUAUGGUUAAGAACUUUACAUGGAGGUACCCAAUGGGAGGUGGAGUCCCUGGGCAGUGCAAAUGGUUUACACACUUGGCUGGUAAACAAAAGGUUGGAGGUUCACGUGUACCCAGGCACACCUCAGAGCUAGGGCCUGAUGAUCUACUUCCAAAAAAUCUGCCAUUGGAAAUCCUACCGGGCACAGUUCUAUUCUGACCCACGUGGGGUCAGUAUGACUUCCAAUUAACCCAACAGCAACUGAUUUUUUUUAACCCUUGGGGAGGAAGGUCCACUUGUUACAUUCUUCUUGGGAAUGAAGAAUUUUCACAUAUACUUGGUUUUCUCUGUGUCUCUAGGGGAUCGUUUCUUUUUCAGUCACUGGUUGGUAAUAUCCUGUAUUUGUAUUUCAAUAGUUGGUUAUCAGAAAAUUCGGGGACAAGCGGUGGCAGGAAAUGUAGUUCCUGCUUGCCUAAGUAAAACUCAUUUCAAGAUUGAUAAGUAGUAAAACGUAAAAUUAUAAACUUAGAGAUCCCACGAUUCUUUCCAACACUAUAUACUUACUCAGAAAAAUACCUGACUAUGGGUAGCAAGACCUUUGCAAGUAUAGUCAACCUGUCUGCCAGCUCAAAUUUGUUUUAUCCAUCCCCCAAAUUACCCCAACAAAGUAUCUCUAUUGACAGAUGAUACCAACAUUGAUAAUGGAACAUAAAAAAUGAAAUGCUCCAUAUUUUCAAAUGUAGAGCUUGUACCCUCUAAGACUUUGCAAUUUAGACAUAUUAAAGGACAGAGCUAAUUAGCCAACAUGUGAAUUUAGAUAAAGAAAUAUGUUCAGCUCAGAAAUAACUUUAUAUUUCAAGAGGAAAAGCAUUUACUCUUUCCAAUCAGUUAAAAAAAAAAAAAGUAUAAUACAAUUUUAGAAGAGGAAACACCAAGCUUAAAUUAGCCCUUAAGAUGGUCUAUUUCGGUCACUUUUCAGUUCAUGGUAAUUUACCAUCAUCUGUAAAGCUAAAAAAACAUUUGGUCACUGACUCUAAGUGAAGAACGAGCAAUAGGGCAGAGCAGAACUGCCCCUUAGGGUUUCCAAGGAGCAGCUGGUGGACUGAAACUGCUGGCCUUUGGGUUAGCGGCUGUAGCACUUAACCGCUAAGCCACCGGGGCGCCUAUAUGAAUUAGAAGUGAACCUGUAACAUGUGAUCCAUUCUUUUGAAUCCACGCAGGACAAAACUCAUACUCACGAGAACAGUUGCUAAGAGAAGUCUGCUUUACAUUAAACUUUGAAAAAUGGAUCACUUAAAAAAUAAUCUUCAAAUUUCUAUUUAAUUAAAACCUUAAUUAGCUAGGUCUGAACGAUUACUAAAAGUUUACCACAGGCUACAUUUCCAUGCCCUCUACAGGCAUUAUCUCAUUUAGUCCUUAUGAGAAGGAGUCCCCGGGUGAUGCAAACAAUUAAGUGCUUGGCUACUAGCUGAAAGGUUGGUGGUUUGAACCCACCCAGAGGUGCCUGAGAAGACAAUCUGCUUUUGAAAGGCUACAGCCUUGAAAAUCCCAUAGAGUACAUUUCUACUCUGAUACACAUCGGUUUGCCAUGAGUCAGAAUUGACUCAAUGGCAACUAAUAACAGACCACCUUAUGAGAUGGGUACCAUUACCAUCCCUGUCUUAAUGACGAGGAAGAGGAUUCAGGCCACAAUGAGUGGUGAUUCCGGAUUUAAACCCAAAACAUCUGACCCCAGUGUCUGUAUUCUGACUCAGACGUCACCAUUAACUGAAAUAUGCCCAUUAAAAGACAGGUCCAGUUCCACCCUCUUGCCUGGGCUCCAUUCCCCUAUUUCCUAUGGCCUCCCACGCCUUGGACAUCUCACCAUGACCACAUCUGAACUUUAAUUCAUCAUCUUUCCUCUAAAGGGCCGCUAAUUUCUCUGUAAACUCAAGCUUCAUUCUCCCAGUCACCCAAAGGUGAAACCUGAUUACCCUUCUCUCACCCGUGGUAUCUAAAUCCUGCUUAAGUUUCUCUGCCCAAUAUCAUCAUCUCUCCUCUAAAGGGCCGCUAAUUUCUCUGUAAACUCAAGCUUCAUUCUCCCAGUCACCCAAAGGUGAAACCUGAUUACCCUUCUCUCACCCGUGGUAUCUAAAUCCUGCUUAAGUUUCUCUGCCCAAUAUCAUCAUCUCUCCUGCCCACCUUUUCUUUGCCUGGUAUCAUCACGCUAAGUCCAGACGCUGGCCAUCUUACAUCUAAAUAACUAUAACCUCUUUCUUGCUGGUUCCCUCAACUAGAGUCAGAAACUUUAGCCGUCCUUUAAGACGCUGUAAUUGAAGCUAGCAGGUUAAAUUAUUAAUAAUAACAAAUACCCACUAACAGUUAUGUAUGUAGCACAGUGCUCUAAGCACUUUACAUAUACAAGCUCAUUUAAAUCUCACGAUAAUUCUGUGAGGUCCAUCCUAUCACUCGGCGCAUUUUACAGAUGAGGAAACUAUCCUCUUAGAGAAGAUGACUAAUUUCCUCAGGGUCACCAAGCUAGUAUCUGGCAGCCUGGCUCCAUCGGUGUUUGCAGUACAUAGUCUCUCUUAAGCAUGUAGAAUUCUAAGUCCCAGGUCCUCAAAGAGCCUUGAAAGACACACUUACUGCUCACCAAAUAUCCACGAACUCCCUCAUGUUUCCCAGCCCCAUCAGUUGGGUAGGUGAGAAUAUGUGACUACUUUUGGCCAAUGGGCUGGGGGCAGAAGUGACAUGUCACUUCCAGGCUGAAGCAUCAGAGAGCAGCUCAUCUUUCCUGCCACAGGGACCAGAUGUUGCAGAUAGUGAAACCUUCGUCAGCCUGGGUCCUUGAAUGAGUAAGUGGAGAACCCUCCACUCCCACCCACCUGUGUUGGACUAGUAAUGCAAACAAGAAAUAACACUUAUGUUUUGAGCCUCCGAGGUUUCACGAUUAAUUUGUGGCUGCAACAUAGUCUAUUCUGAUUAAUACAGAGUUUUUAACCCAUUAGAAUGAAAAGACCAAUUCACAUAACGAAAGGAAAGGAAAAUGCAGAAACUCUCUAGUUCUCCUGGCAAACAAACACAAUCUUCCUUAAUCCACUUUCACUGUGUCAUUUCAUGCUCAAGGAUUGAGAAUGUUCCCCCCAUGACCCACCGCAUCAAGUUCAAGUUCCUCUGUCAUACUUUCAAGCCUAAUUUCCUUCCAUUGCCUGAUAUGUUCUCUUUAAGUGAGUCUGGUUGGUUCUGUCACUAUCCCAUGGGUAUAACAGGUACAGUAAAACCUGCGAAAGCUGGAACCUGUGUAAGGCAGAAACCUGUCAGAGAAGGAAAGCUCAAAUAUUUUCCACUAAGAGAGAGAUAGAAAAGUGGUAAGCCUGCACCCUGUUAAACAUGGAAAAGUUGCAAGACCCAGAAAAAAAAAAAAAAAAAGGGCAGUUCCAGCUCUCACAGGUUUUGCUGUACUUGGCUCUCGGUGGUUGGGUUGUUCUGUUUCCUCUACUUUACUCGUUCUGUACACUUACAUCCAAAUCUCAUCUCCUUCUUAAAUUCUUCUUUGCCUGAUUUUAAAGCCACCCAUCUUCCUUAACUUACUUGGAUUUUAUAGCCACAUAUUUUUAAGUUUAGAUGUACGCACGUCAUCUUACAACAAAGGAAGAAAAAAAAAACUACACUGAACUGGAGACCUGGGGCCUGGUUCUGGUUUGAGCGCUAACCAGCUAUGUCACCUUCAUGCCAUCUGUGCGUCUUCCUUAGUUUUCUCGUCAGUGAAACAACAGUGUUAGAUGAUACAUAACCUCUCUGCAAACCAUAAUACUGCCCACGGUUUAUUAUUUCAUGUGCAUUAUUUUUGUAUGUCUAGACUGAAAUGUAAGCUCCAGUAGGGCUGGGACCUUGCCAUUUACUUCCUUCUAUUCUAGUAGUACUGAGCACAGUACCUUGUAGCUAGAUAAUGCUCUAAAAUGUAUGUCGACUAAAGGUCAUCAGAUAUUGGCUGAGGAUACUACACAUGGUUUGUAUUAUUACCGUCUGAUGAAGGAAAUAAGAGGUUUAUAUUAUUGCAUGUAGCUACCGGUUAGGCAGCAAGAGAUAACAAACGUGUUUGGGACUGAAACCUUAGUUACGGAGAAUACAUUAAAUUGGAAACUGGAACAGUACUUAAAUCAGUCAGGAUUUCUUGUUUUUAAAAAGUUUUUGUUGAGAGCAUACUUUUUUCCCUUCUUCCCAUGCACGAAAAAAGCAACAUACAUGACUACUUAUUUUAUUCCUGAUAAUACACAUCCAGGCUGUUCAACUCAGAGAAAUCUCUGCAACACUGCAGUUGUCAGAGAGAAGAAACCAUAUGAGGGCAACGUACAUGGAAAAGUACAACUCUCAGUUUUGGUUUUGUUUUAAUACUUUAUCCUCCUCAACAUUCUCAAAGCACUUCUCUUCCUCUUCAUUUGUACACCUACUGUGCCACUUCUCGCUGUUAAUAACGCUACUUAGAUGUCUUGUGGACUCAACUAGCUCGCAAGCCGCUCUUGCGGCCAGCGGCCACAGUACUCUGUCUCCCAUGGUACCUACCACAGCUGAUCCAAAACAAGAACUCAAAUUUUUCUGAUUGGCUUUUAUCAGUUUUCUCAGAGUGUCAGAACAUUUAUUUCUGGGUUUCUGCCUCUUGUAAGCAUGACUUUUCCCAUGCAAGUUUUGAGAAGAAAAAAGUGUAUCAGAAUGAAACUACCUGGAGGCUACAAAAGGGCUGUGUUUUAAGUCUCACUCUCCAAAAAGUAACAUCUUGAUGGGCUGAUAUUGCUUGAGGGCAGCAGUUCCAGGAUUUCCCCCCAUGUUCUACAGUGAAAAGUUUGCUUUGCACCAUAGUGAAAAUAUAUGGGGUUACUGCCGGUAUGAUGGCUUAAAAAAUAAAUACAAACUAGAGUGUCAUGUACUGGCCUUUCAUGUAUUAUAAUUCAAGAGAGUAAUGAAAGUGUUUCCUAGUGCCAUCUCAUGCAUUAUUGCCCAUUUUCUCCCCAUAAAAGGAGCAUGGGCAAGGAAAAGGUCAUGCAUUUGGACACUACUGAUUUUGUUUAAAGAAUAGCUGUUAAAAGGAAGACAACAAAAACAGACCCACAGACAUGACACCUACGUAACAAGAAACCUAAGCAGCCCUGGUUUUUAGACCUAUCCAUCUCUCAGGGGCUCUAUCCAAAACAUGGUGUAAGUCUGAGGCAGGAGCAGAGCUGAGGGGCACUGCAGGUCCUGGCCAUGCAGAAUUUAGGGAGCAAAUGGUAAAAUGGAAAAUGGGGAAAAAGGGGGAACUACUCGUGAAUGAAUAAAAAGAGUUACUUUGUAGCUAGUUAGGAUCUCACUUGCUCCUCUCAACUCUAUGAGGCAAGUAGGAGAAAAAAAAAAAAAUUAUUAUUUAUUAUUGUUGCCAUGGUAGAGCUGAGAAAACCACAACUGGAGACAUUAGGUGAGUUACCCCAUGUAAGGUAUAGAGUGAGAAUUUGAAUCAACUCCAAGCUCUAUAAUCUCUCUCCUGUAAGUAACUGCUGUAAAAUAUUUUUUCCCAUAAAUGAGUCACUGCAGAAAAACAAAAAAAUUACUUCAGUAAAGGAAGACUAGGUAAAGAAGAGAGAAAUCACACAUUUUGAAUCCCUUGUCCUGUUCAUCUAUUCCUUUCUCCUUUUGAAACUUCACUUCCUUGUCUAAAGGAUUCUUCCAAUAAGGUCAAGGUUCAAAUUAAAGUAGGAAAACGAGACAUAAAGAAGGACAGCACUCUUCCUUUAAGAUAAAAGGAGACAGCCCCCUUGGCCAUGCAGGAUCUCGUCCCACUAUAACUAGCGGAAACACUGUCAAACGUUCCCUGAUACCACAGUUUCUUUGUCUUUUCUCUCUCCCUCUUUUUUCCUUCUUGUCUCUUUUUAUUUUUUUAACUUGCUUUAAAAAAAAAAAAAAAAUGCAGAAGCAAAUCCUAAGAGAAAAUAAGGAGAAUCCCUUACCAGAUCACGUUUUACUCAGCGCAGUCUGGUCUCUGAGACUGACAACAGAGCAAGGGUGGCCUGCUUCUCGCAAUCUCUGACAUUGCACAAGCUGUUGCUUUUCCUAGUAUCUCAUGGUAAGAUUCACUUGGUAAUAAAAGAGGAAGGAAGACUGUCUGGCUGAAUAAAACA